UUAGCUGAGAAAGAGAAGCAAAAGUUGCAAGUAUGGUCUCGAAUUAUGCCUUGUAAAGAGUCAUUUGCAUGGGCCAUGAUUCCUCUGUUUGAAGGUAACCAUGCGGGUGGUCUUAGUGAUGCUGCUUAUCCUAGCAGUCCUUUAGCAACAAGUUUACUAGGAUCAACUUCUCAAGAUAGUAUUGUGGACCCUAUUUUAAAGCUUACUUUAGAUGGAAAAGUGAACCAUUACUCGAGUGGAAGCUCAGUUAUUGUAGAGAUAUCAAACCUAAACAAAGUGAAGGAAAGCUAUAUAGUGGACUCCCUCCAAGAUCCAAAACGGAAAGUACAUAAACCAGUGAAAGGUGUAUUGAGAUUAGAAGUGGAAAAACUUCAUGGUGGCCACAAUGAUGUGGAUAACACUUCUGAAGGCGGAAGCAUGGCCAAUGAUUUGAAUGAUGCUGGUGACAUCAAUAAUGGCAGAAGCAACAGAAGUAGCUUUGAUGGGAUUCACAGUUUUGUGAAUUCUAUUGCCAUUGCCCAGAAAGAUGCUCAUCAUAAUGGAAUCAUUUCUAAUGCUGAGAAUGGUGACAAUUUUGAAGCUUUUGACUUUCGGAUGCUGACCCGAAGUGAGCCGUUUUCACAACUUUUUCAUUGCCUCUAUGUGUACCAGUUGACUGUUAGCUUGAGCCGCAAAAGAAACCUGUUUGUUAGAGUGGAACUGAGAAAGGACGAUUCUGACAUCCGAAAGCCUCCAUUAGAGGUUUGCCUACUGAAUUAUUUGUCCUGAUGUUGAAUGUUGUUGUCUAUUCAAACAUCCUU